CGCUCUCUCAGGGUCUCCUUGCAGCCUAGGCUCCGCCCCACUCCGGAGAGGCAGGAUGGGGAGUGGAGCGUUGUGGGGAACUAAUCAGAGGAGUUGAUGCUUCUUUCCAACCCCCGGAAAGGCGAAUUUGGGGUGUGAGCACCAAGAACAGGCUUUCCCAGAGGAACUGACUGUGAGGAGGCUCCCUCGCAGAGAUUAGUCCCCACUCGGAGGUUGGGAGUGCUCCUGGCGCGGGGGCGGAGCUGAGCUCCAGAGGUCCGGGCGCGCACAGCUGGAGGGUCACGUGGCACGGCCCUGGUCCCCCUUCCUGCCAACGCUGCAUCUGGCUCGGGCCAGUCCCUGGCGGUCCCUGGGACCCUGCACUGAGUCCCGGAGGCCAGGGCGUCCGGGGCUGCGCCACUUCCGAGGGCCAAGCGCUGCCCGUCCCGGCCGGGAGGAGGAGAAAGACCAGGGGCUCCACCGCCGGUUGUUGGAGCCCCCCGCCCCCGGGCGUGGCCUCCCGCCCCUCGUCUGGGGAGGGCGGGGCUCGCUGCCCGCGGCUGCCGACUGCGACCCUUCCAGGGGAAGGAGGGCACUGGCAGCGCAGAGAUGAGGAGGCUGCGCCUACGCAGGGACGCUUCACUCACACUGCUCCUCGGCGCCUCCCUGGGUCUCCUACUCUAUGCGCAGCGCGACGGCGUGGCCCCGACGACUAGCGCGCCUCAGGCGCCAGGGAGGGCGGCACCGAAGCCCACCCCUAGACUCCGCACUUUCCAGUUACCCGAUUCGGGUGCAGCCCUGCCGGCCUACGAAGGGGACACGCCGGCUCCGCCCACGCCCACGGGACCCUUUGACUUUGCCCGCUAUUUGCGCGCCAAGGACCAGCGACAUUUUCCGCUGCUCAUUAACCAGCCGCACAAGUGCCGUGGCGACGGCGCACCCGGUGGCCGCCCCGACCUUCUCAUUGCUGUCAAGUCGGUGGCAGCGGACUUCGAGCGGCGCCAAGCCGUGCGCCAGACGUGGGGCGCGGAGGGCCGGGUGCAUGGGGCGCUGGUGCGCCGCGUGUUCUUGCUGGGUGUGCCCAGGAGCGUAGGCUCAGACCGGACCGACUCAGGAGAGGUCGGGGGCGCGCGAACCCAUUGGAGUGCCCUGCUGCAGGCCGAGAGUCUUGCAUAUGCGGACAUCCUGCUCUGGGCCUUCGACGACACCUUUUUUAACCUAACGCUCAAGGAGAUCCACUUUCUAGCCUGGGCCUCAGCUUUCUGCCCCAACGUGCGUUUCGUUUUUAAGGGCGACGCCGAUGUGUUCGUGAAUGUAGGGAACCUCCUAGAGUUCCUGGCGCCACGGGAUCCAGCGCAAGACCUGCUUGCUGGUGACGUGAUUGUGCAGGCGCGGCCCAUCCGCACACGGGCCAGCAAGUACUACAUCCCCGAGGCAGUGUACGGCCUGCCCGCCUAUCCUGCCUACGCGGGCGGUGGUGGCUUUGUGCUUUCCGGAGCCACGCUGCACCGGCUAGCUGGCGCCUGCGCGCAGGUCGAGCUCUUCCCCAUCGACGACGUCUUUCUGGGCAUGUGUCUGCAACGCCUGCGACUCACGCCAGAGCCUCAUCCUGCUUUCCGCACCUUUGGCAUCUCCCAGCCUUCAGCCGCACCUCAUCUGAGCACCUUCGAUCCCUGCUUUUACCGCGAGCUGGUGGUAGUGCACGGGCUCUCGGCUGCUGACAUCUGGCUUAUGUGGCGCCUGCUGCACAGGCCACAUGGGCCAGCCUGUGCGCAUCCACAGCCUGUCGCUGCAGGCCCUUUCCAGUGGGACUCCUAGCUCCCCACUAUAGCCCCAAGCUCCUUACUCGGAUCCAGGAUGGAGAGCGAGGAAGCUUGAAGGAGUUUCCCAGGCAGAUCACCAGGGGCCUGUUUCCACAGGAUCCCCACUGGGUUGAAACCUGUGUAAUGGUGACACUUUGAGCUAGCCAAGACUGGGUGGUAGAGAACCAUCUCUUGUCUAACAGGCCUCAGAGAAGCGGACAUGUCUGGUCCUCCUAGUAACACACACGUAUGUUCAGGUAGGAUGGCAGGGACUCAUGGAAUCCCUACCACACUCCUGGGUUUGGAACCCCUAAGGCUGACACGGACACACGCAGGAGGCCCCACAGGGAGAUGAAGGGGCCCCGGCUGCCACAGCCGUCAUGAACCUGGCAGGCACUCUGCCACAGCUCUAUCUGAAAAUAGACAUAGUGCUUCCCACAAUCUCUCCUGAGCCCAGGUGUGGCUGAGCACCAGGGAUGAGCCACAUAAGGGACAAAUGAGUGCACAGUCCUACCUAGUCUUUCCCCAGCUCCUGAACCCACACAACAAUGCCAGUCUCCCACUGGAGGCUGUAUUCCCUCAGAGGAGCCAAGGAAUGUCUUCCCCUGAGACUCCACAACUAUUCAUUUCCCCAUAUUCUUCAACCACUCCCUUGCUCAAAAAACCAAUACCCACACUUAGCUUAGUACAAACAUCCCAGCAACAGCACAUGGCAGGCCAUUGCUGAGGGCAUAGGUGCUUUAUUGGAGAGGGGAUGUGGGCCAGGAGAUGAGGAAGGUUCCCCCAUUCCAGGAGGAUGGGAAGAGUCCUGGCUGCCCCUGACAGUGGGAUAUGCAAGGGGCUCUGCCCAGGCCACAGUCCAGAUGGGAAGACACCAGUCAGUCACAAAGUCAUGGGAGCGCCACACAAGCCUGGCUGUAGGCCCAGGAACCAUAUAGGGGCCUGAGGCAGGUCCCCUGCACAUUCAUGAUUAAACUAUACAGGAUGAGGCUGUACAUGAGUUAAUUACAAAAGAGUCCUAUUUACAAAAAUCUGUACACACAUUUGAAAAACUCACAAAAUUGUCAUCUAUGUAUCACAAGUUGCUAGACCAAAAUAUUAAAAAUGGGAUAAAAUUA